AUGUUGUCUCAAGCUAACCGUAAACACAAGUUUUUCAAGCGAAACGGAGGUUUGUUAUUGCAACAACAGUUGUCUGUAGCUGACAACGGCCUAGAGAAAACCAAGUUGUUUAGUUCCAAGGACUUGGCACAAGCUACAGAUCGUUACAACGAAAACCGUGUACUUGGUCGCGGUGGCCAAGGUACAGUCUACAAAGGGAUGUUGACAGAUGGAAGAAUCGUGGCAGUCAAAAAGUCAAUGAAGGUAGAAGAAGGCGAUGUCGAACUUUUCAUCAACGAGGUUGUUAUUCUGUCACAGAUAAAUCAUAGAAAUGUGGUUAAACUACUAGGGUGUUGUUUGGAGACCGAAGUUCCUCUUUUAGUCUACGAGUUCAUUCCCAACGGGACACUCUUCCAACACGUCCACGAUCCAAACGAGGAGUUCCCUUUAUCUUGGGAAAUGCGAGUCCGUAUUGCAGGAGAGGUAGCCGGGGCGCUUUCUUACUUGCACUCUUCUGCAUAUGCACCUAUUUAUCACAGAGAUAUCAAGUCGACGAAUAUAUUAUUGGAUGAUAAGUACCGGGCCAGAGUUGCUGAUUUCGGGACAUCAAGAUCCAUUCGCAUCGACCAGACACACUUGACCACACGAGUACUAGGAACAUUCGGUUAUUUGGAUCCAGAGUACUUCCAAUCGAGCCAGUUUACGGAUAAGAGCGAUGUGUAUAGCUUCGGUGUUGUUGUGGUGGAGCUUUUGACGGGGGAGAAAGCUAUAUCAUCGAUUAGAGCCGAUGUGGGAAGGAGUUUGGCAACACAUUUCUUGAACUCGAUGGAGGAGAAUCUUUUAUUCGAAAUUCUCGAUGCGAGGGUUUUGAAAGAGGGGAAGAGAGAGGAAAUUGUGGCGAUUGCUGAACUUGCUAAGAGAUGUCUGAAUUUGAAUGGAAAGAGAAGGCCAACUAUGAAGGAAGUUGCUAUGGAGUUGGAAGGAAUUCAAAUGGUGAAAGAAGACUCAGUGGCUUACAUGCAAAAUCAAGACUCAAGCUCAGAAAAAUGA